AUGUCGGUGUGUGCGGAGACCCAGCGUUUGAUUUCUGUGAGUUUGGGUAAAAUAGCACAGUCUCGUGGCCAAAGAGGAGGGAUUAACUUACACAAGAACCUACUUGUCGCUACUGUACUGCAUAAAGCCAGAACUGCUUAUAUGAUGGAGUCGUAUAACUAUCAGCAGAAUUUACACAGACAGAAGCUGCUAGAGCAGUAUCAGCUGCAGCAGCAACAGCACCAGCAACAUCAGCAUCACCUACAGCAGCUACAACAACAACAACAACAGCAGCAGAAUCUCCACAGUCUGGGACAGAAGCCAGAUUCCUCGCCUCUUGGGGAAUCGAACAAAGGGGAAGUGUGCCCGUUAACCCGUGACUCAAAUCUGGGUCACACGACUACCACGCCAAAAACGGUCGAGCAAAUUAGGUCGGAUGUUUCAUCAUUCGGAGGGCCAUCCCAUAUGCCUUACGAACACACGACAGGUCAAGAAUGCAAGGUAGAAAUGGUUCGUGACAAGGAGAAUUCUCCGCCUGCUGUGGAGAACCUGACUGUCUUAACAGAAAAUGUGCCUAGUUCACACCUCCCGGCGUCUCACGAUAGCCACCUUGUAGCAGCCACCCAGCUUUCACAAGAAGUGCAGAUGGCAUCGUCAGAACAGUCUGCCUGUAAUAAACAAUACGUACCCAGUACAAACACAACAUGCAGCGUAUUGAAACGAAAAAGAGACAACCCGCCUACUUCAUCACACGAGAGUUCUACCAACAAAAUCGCUAAACUCGGCAAUGACAACCAUUCAUCUGCGAACAUUAAUUACUCAGCGGAUAGCCACUCAUCCUCGAACAAUACUUACUCAGCGGACAGCAACUCAUCCUCGAACAAUACUUACUCAGCGGACAACCACUCAUCCUUGAACAAUACUUGCCCAGCGGACAACCACUCAUCCUCGAACAAUACUUACCCAGCGAACAACCACUCAUCCUCGAACAAUACUUACUCAGCUGACAGCCACUCAUCCUCGAACAACACUUACUCAGCGGACAACCACUCAUCCUCGAACAGUUAUUACUCAGCAGACAACCACUCAUCCUCGAACAGUUAUUACUCAGCGGACAACCCACACGAGUCACAUUCACAAACAGAAAUGUCCCAUUCACCAGAACAUCACCAAAUUUCGAAUCUAGUCAGUAUUUUUAACACAGGGUUUUCGGGAUUAUGUGUCAGCCCCAACUCUGACCUUCACGCCACAGGAUACCAAAGUGACUUUGUGGACAUCUCCAUCUCUCUCACCAGAAACAUUUCAAUCAAAGCAGGAUAA